ACAGUGCGCAGGCGCAUAUCGGCGGUGUCAGGAGUGUGGAGGUCGAAAGAAACUGGAUUUGUCUGUAGCCUACUGCGUUGAAAAAUGAAGGACCACGAGCCAGGGGCAUAUCCCGAGCCCCCUAAACAGACACCGGUUGUCGAGAAGGAGACAGCCCUUCCCAAUCCAGCUUUGAUCGGCACCAAGUUGUUCUACUAUUCUGUGGACCUUCCUGUCACCAAGUUUAGAGAAAUCAUAGACAGCAUCAGGGGUCGGAAUAAGUACUACUAUUAUCACCAGAACUUCCGCCGUGUACCUGACCUGACAGAAUGCGUGGAGGGUGACUACCUUUGCUACUAUGAGGCCGAGAUGCAAUGGAGAAGAGAUUUUAAAGUUGACCAGGAGAUAGUGAAAAUAAUGCAAGAUCGCCUCCGUGCAUGCCAGACGCGGGAGGGCCCCAGCUAUCUGCAGAAUUGCAACGAAGAACUGAAGAAGUUCGACCAGGUCGCCAAGGCAUUCGAUGCUCGUUAUGGCGACUUGGGAGCCAAUGCCAACAGCCGCAGGUGUCUGAUGAAGCAGAAGCAGAGGAUGAUGGAAAAGCCUCAGAUGGCUUGAAGACCUUCAGGACACCAUACUUGAUGUAUUUUCAACCCCCUUUAUGUGUAUGUAAUUAUUCUAUAAAUAAAAUUUAACUGGGAAUCAGUUGGUCUUAAUGUCUUUGG